CCCAGGCAAAACCUCCCUGGCUCAUCAGUUCGUGGAGGGGGAGUUCCUGGAGUGCUAUGACCCCACGGUGGAAAGCACCUACAACAAAAUGCUGGUGUUGGGGAAGGAUGAGUUCCAUCUGCAGCUGGUGGACACAGCCGGGCAGGAUGAGUACACCAUCCUGCCCCACUCUUUUGUCAUCGGCAUCCACGGCUACGUGCUGGUGUAUUCGGUCACCUCACUCCGCAGCUUCCAGGUGGUGAAGACGCUGCACAACAAGCUGUAUGAGAGCCGGGGCAAGACGCGCAUGCCCGUGGUGCUGGUCGGGAACAAGGCAGACUUGUCCCUGGAGAGCCGGGAGGUGAAGACGGAUGAGGGCAAGAAGCUAGCAGAUUCCUGGGGCGCCAUCUUCUUGGAGUCAUCUGCUAAGGAGAACCAGGUGACGCAGGGCAUCUUCACCAAGAUCAUCGAGGAGAUUGACCGGGUGGACAACUCCUACGGCGAGGAGCGCAACUGCCUCCUGAUGUGAGCCCCUUGCCCCUGCUGCCAGGGGUGCAUGCUGCUGCCCCUGCCCAAGAUUUCCUUCUGCCCUGGGGGAGAAGAGCCAUGGGCUGGUACUGCCGGCCUGGAGGAGCUACGGGUAUCUGCACACACUGUACCUCACUGGACGGCCCCCGCCCUGGGUGGCCGUUUUGCACACAGCUGUUGGCAGCAAUGAUGGGCUCCCAGCUCACACCAUGGAGCCUUGCUGCUGGGUCUAUUUAAGUUGGGUUUGG